AGAUGUCUAAGCCAGAAUCUCGUUAUUCUUUUGAUGUCCCAAACAUCUGCAUCGAUUUUGCAACUCUGAAUGAGAAUGAUGUGUACAAUGCAGACUCCUGGUUUGAUGAAAAAGCCAAUCUGGAGAAUGUCCCUCCUGCAGAAAAUGUGGCAAAGGUCUCACACUGCAGCCCUGCUUUGUCAAAGCCUGAUGUUGUUCUGUCUUCUGUCCCUUCACAAGAAGUAGCAAAGAGUGAAAACGAUGGUGAAGCAGAAUGUGCCCAGGGCAACGCAAUCCCUCAGAAUAUCAUCGGGUCCCUGGCAACCUGGAGAGCUGCUGCCCCUGCAGAGGCCCCUCAGAGACCAGGCAGGAGACUGGCUCCAAAGCAGGGGAAGACCCAGCAGCGCAAGCAGCCAGGCAGAAUCAAAGCAGAGAAAAUUGAUAAUGCCCUGGAAAAUAAGGAAGAUGUUCCACCCAUGAAGAAAAUGAGGCUUUCUGGUAGCAGAGGGAAGGUGACAGAAAUGUCCACAAAGAAGGAGCCCCUGCAGGAUUCUGAGCUCUCUCCAGGGAGAGGGAAAAGCAAACAGACCAUGCCCUCCACGCCAGCAAUGUUGAAGAGGACCAAACCUUCUAGCAAGGCAAAGAGUACAGAGGAGCAGGAGCUGGAAAAGAUGCAGCAGUUGCAGCAGGAGGUUGUGGAGCUGCGGAAGAGGAACGAGGAGUCUCUGAAAGCAGCUAUUGCUGGAGCAGGACAACCUGUGAAGAAACCUGUUGGUCAAGUAACAAAGCCAAUUAAUUUCCACUUCUGCACGGAGACUAGAAUUAAACAGAAUGCAGAAAGCCAGCCUGGGAAUGAGUACAAGGAGCUGGAUUUUGCAGCAGUCCUGAGGAAGCAUCCCCCUUCUCCGAUGCGAAUGCCAAAGGGGCACACUGUCCCCAGACCUUUCAAUCUGUCCCAGGGAAACAAAAGAAAACAUGAAGAAGCCACAACAGAAUAUGUGUCCUUUGCUGAGCAGGUAGAAGCGUUCCAAAAACGCACACCCUCUCGUUACCAUUUGAGGAGCAGGAAAUCUGAGGAAGGCUCAGUUUCAAAAAAGCCAAUGAAGGCUGGGCCCACACACCCCAAAACACCAGUGCUGCGAACGAAGCAGCGCUCGAGACCUGUCACCUGCAAAACUGCUGCAGAGCUGGAAGAAGAGGAAAUAGAGAAAAUUCAACAGUACAAAUUCAAAGCACGAGAUGUCAAUCACAAAAUCCUUGAGGGUAUGCCACUCCUGCCCAAGAAACCCCCUGUGAAGAAGCUCACCCAACCUAUUGGCUUUCAGCUGGAAAUAGAAAAAAGGAUUCAGGAGCGUGAGAGCAAGAAGCAGCAGGAGGAAGAGCGCUUCGAAUUCCAUUCCAGGCCAUGUCCCACAAAAAUCCUGGAGGAUGUUGUGGGUGUUCCAGAGAAGAAGGAGCUUCCUCUUACAGUUGCUAAGUCUCCAGCCUUUACCUUGAGAAGCAGGACCCGUGUGUCUGGCAGAGAGGAGAAAAAGGAAAAAGAGGAGGUGGCUGUGAUCAAAGCUAAUCCUAUGCCACAUUAUGGAGUGCCCUUCAAACCCAAAAUGCCAGAGCAGAGGCACGUGGAAGUUUGCCCCUUCUCUUUCGAUGCCCGGGACAGAGAACGACAAAUACAAAAAGAGAAAAAAAUAGAAGAACUACAGAAGGAAGAGGUGCCAAAAUUCAAAGCGCAGCCUCUGCCUUACUUUGACGAAGUUAAACUGCCAGAAAAGAAGGUCAAACCUGCAACUCAGCCUGAGCCAUUCCAUCUGCAGGUGGAUGAGCGGGGAGCUGCCAAGCUCCAGAGCUGGAAACAGCAGCUUGAAGAAGACUUGAAAAGGCAGAAAGAGGCAGCGUGUUUUAAAGCUGGUCCCAACACAGUGGUGUACCAGGAGCCUUUUGUGCCCAAAAAGGAACAUAGGAUGCUACCAGAGAACCUUUCUGGUUCUGUAGUUCCUGAAAGCUUUGAGCUGGCAACAGAAAGAAGAGCAAGAGAACGGCAAGAAUUUGAAAAGCGAUUGGCAGAAGUAGAAGCCUUAAAGGAGAGUUAUGAGGAGCAGAUCAGGCAGGAACAAGAGGAGCUUGAAAAGGAAGAAGUUGCUAAGCUAAGACAAGAAAUGGUUCACAAGGCAAACCCAAUACGCAAAUACCGCAGCCUGGAAGUCAAGUCCAGUCAUCAACCACUGACUGUGCCAAAGUCUCCCAACUUCUCAGACAGAUUCCGAAUCUGAUGAGCAUCCACAUCCACGUGACAACUGCUGGGAGAUCCCAUCCCUCUCUACUCCCGUGGUAGGGAGAGAGGGAGCAAUUGUUUUUCCAUGACUGCUCAGUCUGAACUCCUAUGCUUGGUUUCAUUGUUGUACUGAGUAGUUAAACUCCACCUGAGCCCGUGGCAUUUCAGCAGGGCCUCCUGGCCUUGCUGUGUAUACAGACCCUAUCUUCUCUAGAGACUAAACCAAGUUUUGAUAUUGCAUACAGAUAUUUUAUACCUAACUAAAUAAAAAUUCCAAAUCUACUUGCU